AUGUCCAACCCAACACAAGAUGUUUCUAAUGUAUGUGAUAUUGUAUAUUGUGGGAGAGGAACAUGCCACCCUUCUUCCACUGAUUCACUCGGUUUCACAUGCGAUUGUGAAUCUGGUUGGAAGAAGCCUAACCUUGGUCCUCUCCAAUUACCACCAUGUUCUCUUCCCAAUUGUACUGUUGAUUUACGUUGUGGCAAUGGUUCUCUACCAUUCCCUACAUCUCUACCUACAAAAGUGUCUGAUCGUACCUUGUUUGUGGAAUUUUUGUGGGGAUGGAACUUGUGUGAGAGAUGGCUUUAG